AGUUAACUGGGCUUUUUAUGCCAGGAGAAAUGCAGCUGUCAAAGGACGAAGUGCGUCUGCUGGAAUUUUCCACCUACGAGGACUACCUCCAAAGUCUCGUCACAACCCAGGACCUGCGCUACCUCGGCCACAAGCAGAACGGACUGCGGCUGUACCAAACCGGCUACAGAUCCCUCACCAAAGCCGCCUUCGAAAGCCGCCGCAAUGAAAUUGGCGACUACUUCCGGGCGACGCAAGAUCCAAACGCCUACUUCAGCCGAGGGCUCGUAACUUCGGACGCGUUCCUGCGUGAACUCGCCGUCCGUGAAAGGCCCAACCGGCUUGGGAUGCUUUCGACCAUCAUCUUCGUGCGGCAUUGUCGGAAAAAUGCGGAAAUUUCCGGGUACAUUGACUACGAGCAGGCACUGCGGCGCAGCAGCAGCAAGGACAACCCAUUCGAUUGGAAGACCUUCUUCGCGGGUGAACAAGUGCUGUGUCCGACCAGGUUCGAUCUGUCCUACUACAACUCCAGGACGAACAAGGUGUUCAAGCGGGACUCGAAGAACUAUCAAGUUCUUUGCGAUCCAGUGCGGGGUAUUAUAUUUCGGAACAUGUAUGACCGGAAGAAUAUCUAUCCGGAUCCGAUUGGAGGUCACUUUGGGACGAACACCACCAGGAUGGAGGUCGAAGCUGCUGGCUAUGAGCAAAUUGUUUUGUAUGAUCAUGUUGUGAGGAAAAAUUACUGAAUGUUAUGGGAAAAGGAAUUUUAAUAUAAAAAA